AUGAUAAUUGGUGGAACUAUUAAUUAUUUAUUUGGUGGAAAACCAUUUCCUUUGAGAGUGAAGUUAAAUAAAGUUGUUGGCUAUUAUUAUUCAGAAGAAAAAGAACUUGUUUGGAAUUAAUGUGAAGUUUAUGAUGGAGAACAAACAGCAAUUAUUUAUAUUGAGCAUCCAUUAUAAUUCCACGCGAAGAAUGUGAUUUAGCAAUAACCUAUAAUGGAAAUUUUUUAAUUUAAGAAGGAAGACGAAAAAGUGAUUGUAGAUAAAUUUAAAAUAGAAAGAGUAUAAUACUUAAGUUAUUUUAGUUUGACGAAUUGGAAGUAAAUUUAGAUGAAUAUAUUUUAAAUUAAGAAUUAUGUUGAUGAAACAUAAAUUGAUUAAGAAUUAUCAGGAAAGACGUAUUAUAAUAUCAAAGCAAGAGUUAUUUCCGUAGAUCUUAAGAAAACAAAACCUUAAUAAACUUAAUAACUCUAUUAUAAAGUAUAAAUAGUUUAAGAUAUCACUUAACAUGAAUAGAUACUUAUGAUUUUUGAAAAUCAAAUUCAGGAAUUUUAAUCUAUUAAUUUGAAAGCAGGAGGGAAUUAUAUCUUUUACAAUAUUUCAAAUGGUAUUUAUUAGUAUAACCCGGAUCAAUCAGUUGUCUUGUAACAAGAAUAAAGGCUGUACGCUGGAUUAAAUACUAAAAUACAUCAUAUAAAAUAAGAAUUAGACUUUGUUGAUUUCAAUUUAGUAAACUACCAAAAUUGCUCUAAGUAUUACAAUUUUUUUGGUUAUAUUUUAAAAAUAAAAGCUUCAAAAAACAAAGAUCCCUAAUAUCAAAUAUUAACUCUUAUUAGCAUUUAAAAAGUAAAAGUAUAUGUAUUAAUUCCUCAUAUAUUUUGUGAAAAAAUACCUAUUCGAAUUGAAUAAGAUUAAAUUUACGGAUUUAAAAAUGUUAAAAUUAUAAAAUAUUCUUAUCGGUAUGUUCUUUUGUUUAAUGGGUUCUCAUCAUUGAUUUAGAAUUUAAAUAUUCUCUCUUAGAAUAAAUUUCUAAAACAGGACUUUUAAAAAUAUACAAAGCUUUAAUUUUAAAUGUAAUGCAAAAGUCUAGAAGAUGUAAAAAGUGGAUUUAUUGAUAAAGAAUGUUACUAUGUUAAAGCUAAGAUAAAAUCAAUCCAAAUAGAACCUAGUUAAAAUACAGAUUAAAUCAAUUUGAUUGUUGUAUUUUAAAAUACCAACAAUUCAGAAAUUAUUGUAAGAGUUGAUAGACAUAAGCAUAUUGUAAAAAUUUUAAGUAAAACAUCAUCUAAAAUAAGGUGUGGAUAAAUUUAUAACAGAAAGUCCUGAGAAAACAUUUAAUAUAUUUACUCGUCUAUUUUAUGAAACUAUUUUAUAGAAAUCAUAUGGGGGGUAAAAUAUGGAUUUUGUAAUUGAGGGAUUUAAAAGUAAUUUAUAAAAUGAAAAUCAACCUUAUUUUAAAAUGGUUAAAAUUGUUGAAAAAAGUAAUAUCAAGAGAAUAAAACAAGAGUGA